GUCCACAAGUAAAGGCAAAAAGAAAGUUGCGCGAUUCGGUGAAAGAUCAAUCGGCGGCGAGAGAGGAGAGGGAAGAUGGUUGGCGCGAAUCUGAAAGCGGAGACGAUGGCUCUAAUGGAGAAGAGAGUGGCCAUGGAGACGGAGAUGAACUCUAUUGUCGGACGUCUCUGCAAUCCCGGCGGUCCUGGUCUCUCCGGCAAUCUCGUCGACUCGGAGGGAUUCCCUCGGGAAGAUAUUGACAUUCCGGUGGUGAGAGCUGAGCGCCGUCGUCUUGCUGAGUUACGGAGUGAGCACAGCGAGAUAACGGACAAGAUAAGUGCGAACAUUCAAAUUCUUCAUUCAGUGAGGCCUACAUCCAGAGCUUCAUCCACAAAAGAUUCAGGUCCAGAAGCAUCAAUUUCGUCAGGUGAAGUCACAUCCUUAUCUGCCUCCAUGCAGACAGGUGGCUUCAGUGUUACUUCCCGUGCCAUGGAUGUAGAUGUGGUUACUUGUAUUCCCUUUGCCAUGGUUGAUGAGAUAAACGAGUCAUCUCCAGCAGCAGAGGAUGGAUUACAGCUUGGAGAUCAGGUUGUGAAAUUUGGCAACGUGGAAGGUGGUGACAAUCUGUUGCAAAGGCUUGCCGCUGAAGCUCAGUCUAGCCAGGGACAAGCAGUUUCUGUUGGAGUUAUAAGGCAAGGCGCAAAAGUCGAUUUAUCUGUCACACCGAGGAUAUGGCAAGGCAGAGGUCUAUUGGGGUGCCAUUUCCGUUUGGUAUGAGCCAUGGAUUAUCAUUUGGAGGCCAUAUGGUGAAAGCUUCUGUCCUGCAGAGGUUGUGGUUGCUGAUAUCGAUCAUUAGAAACUUGAACUUGAUAGGCGUGCAAGUGUAAGCCGCAGUGCCGGGAAAGUAUACUUUCAUCUUUGUAUGGAGAACAAAACAAAAACAAAAGUUUUUGGUUUCUUGCUGAUAAGAUAAGACAAUCAAGAAUCUUUACUACUCAUCCUUUCAAUGGUUUAGGUGAUUUUUUACCGACUUUGGGACUUGCUAAAAUGAUUCAUUACGUUUUUUACCUACGUCAUUGGGCUUGCUAAAA